AUAGGUGGAGAAAAUCGAAAUGUCAAAAGGAAAAUGAUGUAUUCUCUGUUUGGUCGCUGCAUUUCACAGAAAAUGGCACGAUUUUGUUUUCAGCCUCUCCUAUUAUUUCUCUUAAUAGUCGUAUCAGAAUGCAGAGCUGCCUCACCAGGUACUGAGACUGUGUCUGGGCAUCAGGAAGGUGACAUAGUUCUCUCAUGUUUAAAUCCAAACGUGAUGGAUCCAAAGAGCACCUACAGAGUCCAGUGGAAAAAGUAUGUCACAAACACCAGCCGGAUGGAGGUCAUUUUUAUGUGGCCGCAGAAACGCCAAAAUGCAAAACGUAUGAAAUGGGAAGCUGAUGGAGGUGGAAAAGGGGGACUUUAUCUGUCAAAGCUACAAAAAUCAGACGAAGGACUGUACAGUUGUGAGAUCUGGCAGGGAUGGGGCAUCGUUCUGAGCAAAAACAUAUCUUUAAAAGUGAAAGACUGUAAAGCCCUUCCACCGGUGACCGCAGCACCCGGCACAUCUGUUCGGCUCAACUGCCCAUUGAACGUCACAUCAGGGCGGCAAAAUGUCUCCUGGAUGAUGCUGAAAGGAAACAAACAUGUUUCUGUCAACUCUAAAAGGUUUCAAGUCAACGGCACGUCCCUGGUUAGCCAGUCUGUGACCACUAGCGACAGCGGCUGGUACAGAUGCAGUCACAUGCUGGGGCAAACUCAGCGCUGCUUGGUCACCAAUCUGCUGGUCCAAGAAGUGAGAACUGUUUUUGUGGCUACAACAGUUCCGCUUAUUAUAACAACAGCUCAGGAAGUGACAGUCAGAGGUGUUGCAUCGACAAACAGGACUGAGAAGAGCAGUGGAGCUUUGAUUGCACUCGUGGCAUCGGUUGUUUUGGGGAUCAUCAUAAUUGCAUCGCUGAUUGGAUUAUUCAUGUACCGCAGAUCUAAGAACCAGAGUAUCACGUAUCGAGAUCACACUGCAGACUCUGUGAGUGCCUACGAGUGUGUGGAUUUCUCAGGUUCACAAGAACCUGCAAGCAUGCAACCCAACAGUUUAUACCAACGUCAGGAUGAAAGCAUGUUCACUUUCCAUUAUUAGUCAUUUCCAGACCGCCGAAGAAAAAGAAGAUGCAUUUCUUCUAAUCCAGAACAUUCUUGCAUUAUAUAUAAAUCUGUAAUAUGCAGCCUCUUGCUUCUUAUCUUGUUUGGAUCAAAAUAUCUAAUCACCUGUAUCAUUCCAGUUAAAUGGAGACGUGCUUACGAUGUAAUCUUUCAAAAAAUAUAUAUACACUACCAUUCAAAAGUUUGGGGUUACCCAGACAAUUUCAAACUCACACUUUUACUCAUGUGCCAACAUAAUCGCACAAGGCUUUUCUAAUCAUCAAUUAGCCUUCAACACCAUUAGCUAACACAAUGUAGCAUUAGAACACAGGAGUGAUGGUUGCUGGAAAUGUUCCUCUGUACUCCUAUGGAGAUAUUCCAUUAAAAAUCAGCUGUUUCCAGCUAGAAUAGUUAUUUACCACAUUAACAAUGUCUACACUGUAUUUCUGAUUUAUUUAAUGUUAUCUUCAUUGAAAAAAAUGCUUUUCUUUCAAAAAAUAAGGUCAUUUGUAAGUGACCCUAAACUUUUUAACAGUAAUGUAUAUAUAAAUUAAAGGAAGAUCUUGAAUCCUUGACCUCUAGAGUGACGAGAUCCAGUGACUAUGUUAUACUGUGGAGGGCAUUUUUCUGGCAUGGUUGGGGUCCACUUGUACCCUUAGAAGAACGACGCAUUGCUAAUCAAUAAAAACAAUCACUUUCAUCCAAAGAUGGAACAAAUCAAUCCUGAUGUGAGCAAUCAAUGCCUGCAUCCAUGGGGCACGAAAGGUCAUAAAAUCAUAAUUAAGUCAUAAUAAUCGAUGUAAAAUGCCAUGUUUUGUCCACACCGCAAAGAUUUUCAGUUCACUGUCAUAGAGGAGUAAAGAAACCAGAAAAUAUUCUAAUUUAAAAAGCAUUUUUUAUUUAAAAAAAUGACUAAAAAUUAUAUAUCAAUUGACAAUUAAUUUAAUAGUUGAUAACUAAUUGAUUAUGCAUUGCAUCUGUAACCUAGAUCAUCCCUUUUAGAUGUCUUAAGCUAAGUCUGGAGGUAUUGUACCUAUCUUGAACUGGAAUUACGACAAGUCAAAAUGUGACAUUUAAUAAUUCAGGUCUUCCUAGUUAAAAGGACAUUUCAGACAGCCACGAUAAGAUUUCUCCAAGGGCAAAUUAUAUCACUUUUAUUAUUGUUGUGUAUGGAGUUUCUCAUCACAGAUAUCAAUAAUUUAUCUGCAGAUAUCUUCAAUUUAAACUGUGAUAUCUGCACUGUAAUGCAGAGUUCCAGAGGCUUCAAGUUCCAUUAAGUCUGCUUUAGCAACACAUGGUGGCCUGACACUU